AUGUAAACUUGGGAUUCUGAAUUACCUCAUACAAUGCAAAAAAAAUUGAGUCUUUUAUUAGAAUAACGUUAAAAUCUUUAAUUAUAAGAGAAUCAAUUGAAAUAAAAGAACUUACUAUUUGCUCAUAAGAAAUCUUUAUCCAAAUUACAAAAUCAAAAUUAACAGACAGUUGAAACUCUUUUAGAAAAUGAAAAAAUAGAAUUAAUUGAUAUUUUUGAUUAAGAAUUGAUCAAUCAAAAUUCAAGAAGAUAUUCUUCUAGAAGAAUGCCUACUUUAGAGUAAUCUGCUAUAUCAUUUUAAGAAUAAUCAGCAGUAUUUCACAAAUCAAAUAAAACUAAUAGAUCAGCAUCAACCAAUUUAUCAUAUUUUAAUACAUAAUCUCCUUAAAGAUUAUCAAAAUUCAAAAUUGAUACUAAUACAAGUCGAAUACAAGAUCAAGAUUAAACUAUUAAACAACUCCAAUCUAUAGUUGCAGAACAAUAAGAAAAGUCUCUCAUUCAAAAUUAAGAGAUUCAGAUACUAAAAGAAAAAAAUUAAUCAUUGAUAAGAUAAUUAGAAAUAAGUGAAAAAAAUUUUAUAAAAUUUUAAAAAUAAACUGAUUUAUUUAAAGAGAAUUUAGUUGAGAAAUUGAAAACUUACGCAUAAAAAUUAGAAGCAUUAAAUGAGAAUGAAGAAAAAAUCAUGAUGAUGUAAAAAGAAAAUGCAAGAUUAAAAUAAGAAAAAGAGGAAUUACUCUUUCUAAUGAGAAACAAUAACAUUGGAGUUAGAAGAUGAAC